AUGGCUACUCUCACGACGGCAGAAAUUGCUCCUCAACCAACUCCAGUCUUUACAGUCAAAGGACACGAAGCUCUCAUGGACGCCGUGGAAGAUAUCGUCUUUGGUUCUAUCGCCGGUGUAGCAGGAAAAUACAUCGAAUACCCCUUCGACACAGUCAAAGUCCGCCUACAAUCUCAACCUGACCACCUCCCUCUCCGCUACACUGGUCCCCUAGACUGUUUCCGCCAGUCUAUCCGCAGCGACGGCAUACUGGGUCUCUACCGCGGCAUCUCCGCGCCUCUCGUGGGCGCAGCUCUCGAAACCUCCUCCCUCUUCUUCUGGGAACGCGUAGGCCGCGAAUCACUGUUCGCAGCAGGCCUCUACCAGCGCGAGAAACCCCUCCCGCUCUCUGCCCUCUGGCUCACGGGCGCCAUCUCAGGCGCCUUUACAAGUCUGGUACUCACACCCGUCGAGCUCGUAAAAUGCAAAAUACAAGUUCCCAUCUCUGCCUCUACGGGCAAAACGCCCACCCCAUUGGCAGUAAUUCGAGAAGUAUUCCGACACCAAGGCCUCCGCGGCUUCUGGAAUGGUCAACUCGGGACACUGAUCCGGGAGACUGGCGGUUGUGCAGCUUGGUUCGGCAGCAAAGAAACCGUCACUCUCCUCUUUCGACAUCUAAACUCUCGCUCAGCUACCAAUACUUCCUCUCUCCCCCAGCACAAGAACCCCAAUCCCCAAAACCUCCCAACAACAUCCUCAGACCUCGACCUCACGCCCCUCCCCCUCUGGCAACAAGCCCUCGCUGGCGCCUCAGCAGGAAUGUCGUACAACUUCCUCUUCUUCCCCGCGGACACGAUCAAGAGCCGGAUGCAGACGGUGGCCGUCGACAAUAAAGCGGAAGUGCAGAAGAAGUUCUGGCAGGAGGGCGUGGCGAUUUGGAGGGCGUAUGGGGUUAAGGGGUUGUAUAGAGGGUGUGGGAUUACGGUUAUGAGGAGUGCGCCCAGUAGUGCCUUUAUUUUUAUUAUCUUUGAUGCUUUGAAGGGGAGGUUUCAUCUUUCUUGA